AACCGAUUGCUCCACAGUGGGAAUUUUGACAGGAUCAUCAAUCUCUCGACAAUCCUCGUUGCAACGCCCUGGGACCCCUGACCCCAGGAGUCCCCUUACCUUUUUUUUUUCCCUCGUGUAUUCCGGAUCCUUGUGCCGGGUUAUGCUUUUCUUGAAGACUCCGAUCACGCCCAAACACCUUAGCUGUUACCCUGGAUAUUUUCUCUUACCAAUUUUUUUUCAAUCGAAACAUUCUCGCUUCUUACACAUUCCUUUCUUGUCGCUCGCGCCGCACAUUGAUCUUUUGAUAUCGACCUUUGUCACCUAAUUCACCGCCAUGUCUCAGUACCCUCCCCAGCAGCAGAUGCCUUACGGCUCGCCGCCGCCUCCCGCCGGCUACGGUCAGGGACCGCCUCCCCAGCAAGGAGGAUACUACCCUCCUGCCCAGCCCAUGGGCUACUACCCUCCUCAACAGCAGGCUCCCCCGCCACAGCAGGAGGAGAAGAAGGACCGUGGCUGCCUUUACGGAUGGUGA